AUGACAGGUGCACGGGGCUCACUGACCAAACUUGUUUCAGUGCUCAUACUUGUACUCCCUCUCACUUCUGCGUGGUCUGCUCGCCGUCACGGUCUCGGACGACACGAAUUCGACAGAGAAAUCCACGACUUGCACAAUGUAGACAUACGCCUGGAUACCGGCGCCGAGAAUAAAACCGUAUCCACCGCUAGGACCUUCUGGUUGUCAGCGAUCACUCAUCGCGGUGCUGCGGCUUUCAACACAAACCCUGCUGGGUAUAAAGUUUUUCGUAACGUAAAGGAUUAUGGCGCUAAAGGUGACGGAACUACUGAUGAUACUGUCGCUAUCAAUAAUGCUAUCGCUGAUGGCGGACGUUGCGGAAAGGGUUGCGAUUCAUCGACUGUCACUCCCGCGCUUGUAUACUUCCCGGCUGGAACCUACCUUGUGACAAAACCUGUGGUUGCAAUGUACUACUCGCAGCUGGUUGGUGACCCAUUGAAUAUGCCAACCAUAAAGGGUGCUCCAAGCUUCCAAGGCAUUGGUAUCAUCGAUUCCGAUCCUUAUGAGCCUGACGGAAGCAACUGGUACACUAAUCAGAACAACUUCUUCCGUUCGGUCAGGAACUUGGUUAUCGACACUACGGCCAUGCCCUUGGGCGCCGGUACUGGCAUGCAUUGGCAAGUGGCGCAGGCAACCUCGCUUAUUAACCUGCGCUUCGAGAUGUCCCAGGAAGAGGGAAACUCCCAUCAGGGUAUCUUCAUGGACAAUGGUUCCGGAGGUUUCAUGUCAGACUUGACCUUCCACGGAGGCAAGUUCGGAGCGUUCUUUGGCAACCAGCAGUUCUUGACCAGGAAUCUCAAAUUCAACAACUGCGGGACCGCGAUCUACGUGAACUGGAAUUGGGCAUGGACUUUCAAGUCCGUCAGCAUCCGCAACUGCAAGGUUGGUCUCGAUAUUACUGCCAAUGGGCCGGCCGAACAGGCUGUCAGUUCUGUCAUUCUUCUAGACUCGUCGAUCGCGGAUACUCCUAUCGGUGUUGCUACCGUCCGCAGUCAUUCUAGCGGCUUCGCCUCGGGCGGAACUCUCAUCCUUGAUAACGUCCGGCUCACCAACGUCGAGAAGGCUGUUGCCAACCCCGUCACCGGCGCCACCAUCCUCGCCGGAGGAUCACUCACGAUCGACAUGUGGGGGCAAGGAAAGGACCACUCCAAAAGCAAUACGGGCGGGAGUACCGUACAAGGCAACAUAAAUCGCGCAUUCCCCAAACCAACUCCCCUCCUCACCAAGGGACAGAAGACAAUCUUUGAGCGCUCCCGUCCACAAUACCAAGAUCUCGACGUCUCCCAGUUCGUAUCUGUGAAGAGUAGGGGUGCCAAGGGCGACGGAGCCACGGAUGACACCGCUGCAAUCCAGUCCAUCCUUGACCACAACGCAGGAAAAGUCAUCUACUUCGACCACGGCGCAUACAUCAUCUCCGAGACUGUCAAUGUGCCCAUGAACACCCGCAUUGUGGGAGAAGCGUGGCCGUUGAUUCUUGCGAGCGGCAACGGCUUUAAGGACGUCAACAACCCCGCCCCCGUUUUCAAGGUUGGGAAGGAGGGUGACACAGGCGUCGUUGAGAUUUCCGAACUUAUUUUUGAAACCAAGGGCCCGCAACCUGGCGCUAUCCUCAUGGAAUGGAACUCCCGCGACCCCACCGGGAAGCAAGGCGUCAACGGCCUUUGGGACGUGCACUUCCGCGUUGGAGGGUCAAUGGGCACUGACCUCGCGCCCCCGGAAUGCGCAAAAAAGCCCGAGCAGAGCAACACUGCUGACCCAAGGUGCUUCAGCGCUUUCAUGCACCUGCACAUCAAGAAGACAGCCAGUCUCUACAUGGAGAACAUCUGGGCCUGGACGAGUGACCACAACCUCGAUGGGCCGGACUUUGGACAGAUAUCCAUUUACAACGGCCGUGGAAUCCUGACUGAGACCACCGAGGGCCCCGUGUGGUUCUACAGCACCGCUGCUGAGCACAACGUCCUAUACCAGUACCAGCUGCACCAGACGAAGAACAUCUUCAUGGCAAUGAUACAGACGGAGACUCCGUACUGGGAGAGCAACCCCAUGGUCACCGCACCCUUCCCUGUAAACCCCGCUUUCAACGACCCGAUAUACUCCGGCUGCACGGCGGAGACGUGCAAGUCCUGGGCCCUCCGCGUCGUCGGUUCCACGGGCAUACUCGUCUACGGCGCCGGCUUGUACUCGUUUUUUGAAAACUAUUCCCAGGAGUGCGUGAAGUCGCAUACCUGCCAGGACUCCAUCGUCUCAGUGGAGGGGAAUAGCGAGCUAAGCUUGCUCAACUUGAACACCGUAGGGAGCAUCAGUAUGGUUGAUAUUGAUGGGGAACCGAGCAUCACCGCGGCCGGGCAUGAGAAUCCGUUUGUCAGGACUUUAUUGAGGUUUGAUUCUGUUUAA